AUGUUAUGUUUGGGCUGCAAUCGAAAUUACAUUUUAAAGGAUGGGAAAUGUGUAAAGUGUGGGGAGUUGUUUCCAAAUUGCAUGGAAUGUACAACUGAAACAUGUACCAAAUGCUUACCAAAUUAUUUGGAUAAAAAUUUAAUAUGUCAACCAUGUUCUGAAGUUUAUACAAAUUGUAACUUAUGUAAUAAAACUCAGUGCCAAGAAUGCAAUGUGGGACAUUUUGUUGAUUAUCUCCAAUGUAAUAAAUGCUUAACCAAAUAUCAAGGGUGUCAAAUUUGUGACGAAACCAAAUGUACGAUUUGUGAAGAAACGUAUAACUUGAAUAAAAAUGGAUGUGUAAAAUACAAUGAAACGUUCCACAAUUGA